GGCUCCUCCUCCCUCCGUUGAUACGUCAGCAGCGGGAUUGCGGGGUGUUUCCGGAGCUCCUCUCUCGCGUUCACUCUUCUCCGGUUCAGGAUCCAACCGGUCACGUCUUCGCGGAGCGCCUUUGAAACGAAGCUACGAGGAUUCGCUGUGUGGUGGACUUGUCCCAGGAUGACUGCGGGAACAGGCAUGGAAAGACUGGCAGGUCCUCAGUGACUGCAGCCAGGCAGCCUGCCCUCCCCCGUAACCUUUGAAGUGAGGCCAGGGUGUGAAGUAUUUUCCAACCAAGUAAACUCUUCAAACACCUUCAGAGCCCCCUGACACACACUCUCGCUGCCAAGGAUGCAGAAAGCAAGCUGACCCUGGACACAAGUAAAAAGCAGAAUAGUAACAAGCCAGAGGAGAUAACCAGAUCUGCUUUAUUCAUUAAGAGCGGCCGCUCCAUCACAGGGCACAAACAUGGGGAACCAGCUAACAGGCACGGCCCCUAACAGCCCACUCCUCCCCAACUUUCAGUCGCUGCAUGUGGUGGUGAUUGGUUUGGACUCUGCAGGGAAGACCUCCCUGCUCUACAGACUCAAGCUGAGGGAGUUUGUUGAGACCAGCCCCACCAAGGGAUUCAACAUGGAAAGGAUUAAAGUGCAAAUCGGACACUCCAAAGCCAACACCACAACUUUCCAAGUGUGGGACGUUGGUGGUCAGGAAAAGCUGAGGCCCCUCUGGAAGUCGUACACUCGGAGGAUGGACGGGCUGGUGUUCGUGGUGGACGCAGCGGAGGUGGAGCGCAUGGAGGAGGCCAAGGUGGAGCUCCACCGGAUCACCCGGUCAGCUGAAAACCAGGGGAUUCCUGUGCUGGUUCUGGCAAACAAACAAGACCUGGAUGGAGCGCUGUCAUCUACAGAGGUGGAAAAGGUGCUGGGCCUCCACGAGCUGAGCUCCUCCACCCUGCACCACACGGAGGGCUGCUCAGCACUGAAUGGUCAGGGUCUGCAGCCCGGCCUGGAGAAACUCUAUGAGAUGAUUGUGAAGAGGAAGAGGAUGCUCCGACAAAGCAAGAAGAAAAGCUGAUGGAAAUAAAGGGGUGCAGGCCAAUUUGUGAGCACUUGUGUCUGUGACACUCGGGGAACUUGGUGAAUGGGGAAAACCAGAAAGAAGCUGGUCAGUGUAGACUCUGUUCCUGGAGACAUUUGGACCUUUGAAACUGCUUCUCAUUGUCUUUAACUCUCAGAGGACCACAGAGCUCUGCGGAGGGAGCGACCGCGCUGCUGGCAAACACUCACUGAAGCACGCACUGUAACGUCGAAGGAUGUUCGGUUACUGGUGCAGACGGCCCGUGUUACACCCGAUCACCUAAAUCUUCACCCUGCCUCAGACUGAGCAACACUUCUGUGCACCCACAGGAACUUCCUGUGUUUGAAUCUGCCCGAGCAUAUCGCUGUCACUCUCACCGGGCUUUGCUCCUCACAGCUGGAUGUUUCAGGAUUGUUAAGUUCAGACAAGUUGUUUUUUACAAUGGCUUCAUACUGUUUUGUAAAAUAUGAAUAAAUUGAGCAACGUUAGCAUUGUUUCCCUGAGAACAUUGUUUUAUUCAUCGUGCCCUGGGAGCCUGUCCCAGCUGCCACAGAAGCGGGGUACACCUGGACGGGUCACCAGUUCACCCAACCCCACUAACCUCAGUAGUAUCCAUGCAGACGCGGGAGUCUGCUGAUGUUGUUAGCCUGACCCUAACACAUGUCUGCAUCUCCUCAGUGAAUAUUAAGAUGUUUAUUUAAUGCCAUAUUAAUUUAAUGAUGUUCUGUUUUUGGUCUUGUAAUUAUUUAAAUCAGGCUCAUGGUUUGCUGAAGUCUUUCUCGGCUGUCACACCCUGCACAGCUCGAUAUGUAUAAACUUAAUUCUCCUGAAGUUGUGUAAAAUGAGUUGCAUGAAAACACCAACGCGAUGCGCACACAGCGGCGGUGUGGUGCCAUCUUUGAGCUUUACAGUACUGCAGAUUGAACACACACGUGUGAUUUGGUACUCUAUAAAUAAAGCUGAGUUGAACUGAA